AUGACCACUAAUGCCUCGUCCAUUGCCCUGUCUGCCAUGCGGUGCCAACCACGACGCAUUCCUCGCUGUCUUUGUCGCGCUGGCUAUGUUUUCGACGUUCGCUCGCUUAACAAGCUCAUCAUGAAGCUCGAAAAUAGGACGAUGAACCACCCUCACUCCUCGUUUCCGCUCCAAAUUCUUUACAAACACUUCAGAGAGUUUGAAAACGGCGACAACAUUGUGGAAUGCGCUCAUACAGGCGAGACUGGGGAGCAAUUCGUCAUCGCCACCCAGGGCCAGCAUCUUCCCAACGGAUAUCUUAACAUGCCGGAACAUGAUAAACCGACCUUUUUGGAAGGCGAGCACGAGAUGAACAUUAGAAAGAGACUCGAAAGACUUGGCGAGUACUAG